AUGUCUCGCUUUUUCAAGUCAACAUUCUUCAAGACCGCCGCUGCUUCGGCCUCGGUGGUUGGCGCCGGCGUCGUUUAUCUCGACUUUGUCAGGUCCCCAAACCCAUCGAACUUCAAGAACUCCUACGAGCCUCUUCGUAAGAAGCUCGACGUUCCUCCUUCCCGAGAGGAGCUCUUGAACAACGUCAAGAAGACUGACAAGUUUGAUGUCUUGAUUGUCGGUGGUGGCGCUACCGGUACCGGUACUGCUGUGGAUGCUGCUUCUCGUGGUCUUAACGUGUGUCUCUUGGAGAGAAACGACUUUGCCUCCGGUACCUCCUCCAAGUCCACCAAGAUGGCCCACGGUGGUGUCAGAUACUUGGAAAAGGCCAUUUUCCAGCUCUCCAAGGACCAGUUGGACUUGGUGAUCGAGGCCUUGAACGAGAGAGGUAACAUGCUUAGAACUGCUCCUCACUUGUGUUCCGUGCUCCCCAUCAUGAUCCCUGUCUACAAGUGGUGGCAAGUGCCCUACUUCUUCAUUGGCUGCAAAAUGUACGAUUGGUUUGCCGGCCACCAGAACUUGAGAUCCUCCACCGUGUUUUCCGCUGAGACUUUCGGCGCCAUUGCCCCUAUGAUUGAUACUGGUAACAUUAAGGCCGCCUGUGUCUACCACGACGGUACUUUCAACGAUGCUAGAUUUAACGCUACCUUGGCUGUCACCGCUGUUGACCACGGCGCAACCGUUUUGAACUACAUGGACGUCAAGCAAUUGAUCAAGGAAGAUGGCAAGUUGGUCGGUGCUCUCGCAGUCGACAAGGAGACUGGUGAGGAGUACAGAAUCAAGGCUACCGCUACUGUUAACGCUACUGGACCUUUCGCUGACAAGCUUUUGGAAAUGGACGAGGACCCUCAAGGCUUGCCUCCUAAGCAGGACCAGCCCCCAAGAAUGGUUGUCCCAUCCUCUGGUGUUCACAUUGUCUUGCCUGAGUACUACGGCCCAACCUCCAUGGGUUUGUUGGAUCCUUCCACUUCUGACGGUAGAGUUAUGUUCUUCUUGCCAUGGCAAGGUAAGGUCCUCGCUGGUACUACUGACACCCCAUUGAAGAAGGUUCCAAACAACCCUGUGCCAACUGAGGAGGAAAUCACUGACAUCUUGGGCGAGUUGCAAAAGUACAUUGUCUUCCCCGUCAACAGAGAGGAUGUUUUGUCUGCCUGGUCUGGUAUCAGACCAUUGGUUCAGGACCCUGCUAAGAUUCCAAAGGGUAAGGAUGCUAACUCUGGUACCCAGGGUUUGGUUCGUUCUCACUUGAUUACCAUCUCCGAGUCUGGUUUGCUCACCAUUUCCGGUGGUAAGUGGACUACUUACAGAGAGAUGGCCCAGGAGACUGUCGACACCUUGGUGAAGAAGUACGAUUUCGGCGGCAAGAACUUGAAGUCUUGCCAGACCAACAAGAUCUUGCUUGCCGGUGGUGAGGACUACUCUAAGAACUACUCUGCUCGUUUGAUUCACGAGUACAAGAUCCCAUUGAAGUUGGCUAAGCACUUGAGUCACAACUAUGGCUCUAGAGCUGCCCUCAUCUUGGAGUUGUACCAACAAAAUGACUACAACAAGUUGCCAAUCACAUUGGCUGCCACUCACGAAUACAUUCCUAACGAAACCAAAAACACCGACGGCACCAUUUUGUCUUACCAGUCCUUCGACGAGCCUUUCACCAUUGCUGAGUUGAAAUACUCCUUGCAGUACGAGUACAUCAGACACCCUCUUGACUUCUUGGCCAGAAGAACUAGAUUGGCCUUCUUGAACGCCAGAGAGGCUUUGAGCGCUGUUGACGGUGUUGUCGAAAUCAUGAGAAACGAGUUUAAGUGGGAUGAUGAGACCACGAAGAGAUUGUCCGACGAGACCAAGGAAUACAUCAGCCUGAUGGGUGUUUCCUCCCAAAAAUUCAACGUCACUGACUUUGUUGUUCAGUAA